ACUCUCCCUUUGUCAUUGACGUUUUGCCAAACGACACAUGUUUUGUGCAUUUUCGUGUAAUAUUUUUAAUUCCCGUGCCUCCUAACUACAACAGUACAUUCAAGAUGCCUAAAGCUAAGAAGAAGUUUAUAGACCGAAAGAAGGCUGUAACGUUCAACCUCGUGCACAGAUCGCAGCGGGACCCCUUGGCCGCGGACGAGAGCGCCCCGCAAAGGGUCUUGGUGCCCGUCAAUGCCGCAGUACCACCGAGGAAAGAAAAGGAUCCUGAGCUAACACCGGAGCAGCGCAGAGAGGAACAGCGCAAGUACGGGGUCUACUUCGAUGAUGACUACAACUACCUGCAGCACCUCAAGGACACCAGGGAGGUCACGCUCCUCCUGCAACCAAAAGCAACACAUAAGCGGAAAGAGAAAUCUCAGCCGUCAGCCGAUGAAGAGGAGCCAGUGAUCCCGGUGGUGGACAAACUGAACCUGCCGAGCUCUGUGUUUGCAUCUGCUGUUGAAGAAGAUGUGGGUUUACUCAACAAGGCUGCUACACAAGGGUUGUGCCUGGACCUGGACCCUGAAGUGGUGGCGGCCCUGGACGAGGACUUUGACUUCGAGGACCCGGAGAAUGAGCUGGAGGACAACUUCAUUGAGCUGGCCAUGGCCGACGGAGGAGAUGGCUCCGAUGGCGAGGAAUACGAAGAAGAUGGUGAAGGUGACGACAGCAUGGCCGACGACUCCGACCAGGCCUUCGCUUCAGACCUGGACUCGGAUGACGACAGUAACCCGCAGGAUGAAGAUAUUAAUACAGGCCGCAUGCCGGCUUGGGACCGCGCCGAGCAGCACGACACCAGGUCCCGGUUCUCGCAGUACUCCAUGUCCUCGAGCGUCAUCAGGCGUAGCCAGGGACUCACACUCCUGGACGACCGCUUCGAGAAGAUGUUCGCCGAGUACGACGACACGGAGCUCGGCGCGCUGGACUGCGAGGAGAUCGAGGGCUUCAUGCCGGAGUCGCACGCCAUGCUGCUGCAGGCGGCUGAGGAGUUUGAGGAGUCGAGGAGGCGGCAGCAGCUGGACAAGGAGAGGGAGGUCGCCAGGAUCCACCGUCUGCAGGAGAUCGAGGAGGAGUCUGAAGAGGAGCUGGAGACCGUGGAGGUGCCCGGAGAGGAGAAGUGGGACUGCGAGACCAUCCUCUCCACAUACUCCAACCUGUACAACCAUCCCAAGAUCAUCGAGGAACCCAGGAAACCGGGCAAAAUCCGCAUCAACCCCAAGACGGGCAUCCCCGCAGACGUGCUCGGCUCCGAGAACAGGUUGACCGUGAAGUCGCUGGCCAAGUUCAACGCGCUGCAACACACGGGGGAUGAUGAUGAUGAUGCCGAGACCAACGCCGACACGGUGCUGUCCACCCUCAGCGUGCUGUCCUUAAGACCUAAAGACGAGGCCCCAGAAGAGAAAAGGGAACGCAAACGCCUCCUAAAAGAAUACAGGAAAGAACGGAGAGUAGAGAAGAAAGCCAACAAGGAGGCGUUUAAAGAGGAGAAGAAGAGGCAGGAGAGGAUCAUGCUGAACAACAGGAACAAUGUUCAGGGGAACCGGAUACUGUAGUUAAGGAUUAGCAAUAAAUAUAUGUAUUUAAA